UCUCGCUAACUUUUGACUAUACUUCUCCACUCACUUUAUUCUUUGUUUCAGUGGAGCAUUGUAGGGUAGAAGUAGAAUCUUCCAUGAAAGACUGACUCUCUCUCUCUCUCUCUCUCUCUCGCGACUAUGGCAAUGGAGAAAUGCAGCUCGAAGGAGUUGGACCUCGGCCUUCCUCCGAUGACGGUCGAUUCUUUAUCACAGAUGAUUUACCGGAAAGCUCUGAUGGAUGAGCCGACCAGCCAGGAACCGAUCACCAUUUUUUAUGAUGGGCGGGUUUAUGUUUUCGAUAUCAUGGAACUUCAGGUUAGAGCCAUAAUCUUGUUUGCAACUAGAGAAAUGGAAGGAGGGAUGACAUCAAGGUCCUCCAAAGAAACAGUAUCACUUGCAUUGCAAUCUCAAAUACUUGUUCCUCCAUGUGGAUCCGUGAAGAAAUCUCUCCAAAAAUUUCUGCAAAACAGAAAGAACGAAGCUUCUGAUCCGUACAGCCACAAUUCAUAAUCAACUGGAAUCAAAUAUAGCCUGGCUUUUGGAUCUAAUAAAGAGGAUAGUGAACUAUGGUAGCUAGGAUCUAAUAUUUGCUAGAAUGUCAGAUGAUCCCCAUAGAAUGCUCUUUUUGAGGACAACUAUUUUUUUCGGAGGUGUGAUAUUACAUCCUCCGUUGUACUCUUUGGUUCUCAUUUAGUAAAACUUUUCGAGCGAAUUAAUGUA